AGAGAUGCAUCCUAGUGUGUGCGUUUGUUUGGGAGGUGCACGUUAUUGCGACAUAGAACAAAGCGCGCGCGACUGUGUGCGUGCGAGAGAGAGAGAGAGAGAGAGAGAGGGAGAGAGAUCGUAUCUUUUGAAUUGUCAAUUCUCUGCCCUCAUUACCCGACACAGUUUCACAGUGAGGAGGGGCGGGUGUCCACAAAGUGCACGUGUAUAAAGCCCAUGCUACUCUGCCCGCUCUGCACACACGUUUUGUCGGACACUCGGAGGCAUCCUCCUCCCGGACACUCAUCAUCCACUCACACGGCUUCAUUUUUCCCGCGGCUACUUUAAACACACCGGCGGAUUUAACUCCGUUCAGGAUAUGACCAUGAGGCAGCUCUGUUUGUCUGCAGUCGUAGCAGUGCAUCUUGCUUUAUGCAUCGCUGAUCCCGGACCGGCUUCCCGGAACUCCAUCAAGAACCUGCAGCCUGGAGCAGCGGGAAGUCCGGCCGAGCCGGUGAGCGCGAGCCCGCACGUGCCAAAGACAGAGCCGGCAGCUGGAGUGCGCACAGUGCCUCAGAGCUGUACCGGAGUUUCUCUGUGCGGUGUUGCUGAGUUCUGUUCUCGCGGGAUUUGUCAGCCGUGCCGCAAACGCAGGAAGAGAUGCGCUCGAGACUCCAUGUGCUGCGCAGGAAACCGCUGCAUUAACGGUGUUUGCCAGGCAGAUGAAGUGAACGCCACUCAGUCUGUCAGCACUACAAUCAGCACUAAGCAGGCUACCGAGGUUCGUGGCAAUCCUACAAGCGCACUAGGUAACCAAAACAAGACAGUCGUGCCACAAGAGGUUAAAAACACAACUGUCAUCUCUCCAAGACCACCUGAACUACUGAAAGGUCUCGAAGGGGAGCCUUGUCUGAGGUCCUCGGACUGCUCCAGGGGUCUGUGCUGCGCUCGCCACUUCUGGUCACGGAUCUGUAAGCCAGUGCUGACUGAGGGCCAGGUGUGCACGCGUCACCAUCGUAAAGAUACUCACAACCUGGAGAUCUUCCAGCGUUGUGACUGCGAUCAGGGCUUGGUGUGCCGAGCCCAGAAAGUACAAGGGUCAAAAAACCAGCAACAGAGUAUACUGCAGCAAGAGCAACAGCCACGCAAAAACAACAGAAACCUCCACACAUGCCAGCCACACUGAGCCAGCAGGACUUAUUUAGGACAACUGGCUUUUAAUGUGCCCAAACUCACACACAUGCAUAUUCACACACAUCCAUUUACAUUCAAUAUCACAUGUGCAUGCAUGGACAAACGCAGAAGGGAUACAGGAAAACUGACUCCCGAGGAGGAUGCUCCAUUAAAAGGAUUGAUCAUAUUUUGCGGAUGGAUGCAGAAAAAGCACACUGUGUGGAAGACUGAAUGCAGGACUCUGCCACUGAAGACAGCUUUUGUUUCUUAUCAGGGUCUUUACAAAGGCAGAAUGAUGCUUCCCUUCAUAAGGGAACUAUAAUAUUUUUUUUGCAGUAAAUUACUGUAUUGUACGUGGCACUUAACUGAGCUUAUCAAUUCUGUAACAGUAGUAUGAGACCAGGUGCUGCAUGACUCUAUGCUAAUAAUGUAAAUAUGCAAAUGAUAUGAUUUAUAUUGUUAUUUAGUAUGAUAUAAAUACCCUAUUUUAUUUUAAACUUAAUUGUUAAGAUAUCGCUUUUAUUAAAACUAUUACAGUUUGACCAGAGAUUGUCUAUACAGUCUCAUAUUCUUCCUGAAACACUGAUUCGUUGGCCUUUCUCAGAGCCAACAAAAACCUAGAUUUCACUUAAUUUGCUGUAAUGUUGAAAAGCAUGUUAACCCCUUAAACUCCCAGGACUCAUCACUGUCUCUAGAACUAGAUUCCUCACCUUUGUAUCUACAUUCGUUUUGUCAAUACUUUGACCAUAUUGUUUAGGAAUAACUAAAUAUGAAUAAUGCUAAAUACUACAGCACUGAGAAACAGUACUGAAUAAUAUGCUGACACGUUAAGGGGUUUAAAUCAAUGCUUAAAUAAAAUAAUUGUUCUUACCAAGAGAAGAAGUCUGCCAUGUGACUUGAAGCAGGAUGCUUUGCACCAUGUCUAGAUUUUACUUGAGAACUGAACAAGUAUAUAGUCCUUAUAGUUUGACCACACUGAAAAAACCCUAAUUUAACUACUGAUGUAUAACUAUGCUAUAUAAUUAAUGCAAAAAAGUCAUUCAUGGGGAAAUCACACCACAUAUUUACCAAUAAGUGUAAUCUUUAUUAAUCUUAACACAUCUCAUUCCCCUAUAUACACUAAAUACACCUGUAUUUUGGAAUGCCUUCCUUGAAUUCCCAGCAUUUGCUUAUGACAAAGCAUUUCAGUAGGAUAAAGGAAAGAACUUUGACUUGGCCCUUUAUAACAUUUGAGUUCUCACAUUAUACAUACAUUCUCUUGUCCAUUUGGAAGCCACCCAGGCCUUAAGGCAGGAAAGGAGCUCCAUACUAUUAUACUCCCAGAAUGCUUGGGAAAUAGGAAGAGGUUUUAAUGUUGGUCUCCAUAACUGUUUUCUCCGAACCUAACACCUGGUAUAUUUAACAAAAGCUCUAUUCACACAACAUUUCUCCAGUAGUGCUGUGGAAUAUCUGUCACAAUUAAUACUGAGUGGUUUCUGCCAUGAUAACUACUCAUAUAAACAUCCCACUUUGUAGA